GGCCCCCCGUGCCCAGCCAGCCGCAGCCCCUACGAGCUCGACGCCCCCGUGCCCCUCAGGCGGGCACCACGUUCCCGUUGGCCGUCAACAUCCCUGCGUCCUUCAGGUCCGGCGUCCGGCGCCCCAACGUCCCGUCGUCCCGACCGGGAUGGCCGCAGGGGACCGAGGCGACACCGUCCUCGCGCUGGCCACGGAGCCGCGCUUCGCCCAGCGGCUGAGGCGGUAUUUGGAAGAGGAGCGGCUCCUGGAUGCGCGAUACCGGCUGCAGAAGGUGCCGGGGGGCAGCGUGGCCCUGCCGGUGCUGGAGGCGAAGCUGGCGGAGCAGCGGCUGCGGGCGCUGCGGGAGAGCGGGCCCCUGGGGCUGCCCUGCAGGCUGCUCCGGAUCCAGAGCCCCGUCCCCUCCAAGGCGGCCAGCGUGCGGACGCCCGCCCAGAAGCUGCGCAGCGAGCUGCAGAGGAUGGUGCUGGGCUUGGGAGAGAGCUGGUCGGAGGAGCUGGAGCGUGACGUGCCCCGCUCAUGGCAGCGGCACGGAGACCUGGUCUUGCUGAGUGAGGACAGCUUCAGCGCUGCGCUGUGGACGAAGCUGGGCUCAGCGCUCUGGGAGACGGUUGCCUCGGCUCUGGGUGCCCAGCGCCUGGCCAGGCGAGGACGGGUGCUGCCGGGCGGGAUGCGGUCCCCUAGUGUCACCCUGCUGCUGGGCCAGGACGGCUGGGUGGAGCACGUGGACAACGGCAUCAGGUAUACAUUCGACAUGACCAAGUGCAUGUUCUCCCCGGGCAAUAUCACGGAGAAGCUGCGGGUGGCCUCGCUGCCGUGCGCAGGGGAGGUCCUGGUGGAUCUCUAUGCAGGGAUCGGCUAUUUCACGCUGCCCUACCUGGUUCACGCAGCGGCUGCCUUCGCCCACGCCUGCGAGUGGAACCACCAUGCCGUGGAGGCCCUGCGGAGGAACCUGGCACUGAACGGCGUGCAGGACCGCUGCCACAUCCACCACGGGGACAACAGGCAGCUGCGGCUGCAGGACGUAGCUGACCGGGUGAACCUGGGGCUGAUCCCCAGUUCUGAGGAGGGCUGGCCUGUGGCCUGCCGUGUCCUGAAGAAGGGCACAGGAGGGGUUCUCCACAUCCACCACAACGUGGAGGCUCUCCCCGCGCCGCCCUGCCUGCAGCCUGCAGUUCCAAGGAAUGAGCAGAGACCUCCGGAGGACAGCAGCUCUGGAGAACGGGAGUUGCAGAGCCCUGAGGAGAUGGAAGGCAGUGGGAAGGAGAUGCCGGCAGCCAGGGUCAGGCCGGAGUGGCAGAGGUGGGCUGAGGCCAGCGCGGCACGGAUACGGGGGCUGCUGGAAGAGCUGCACGGGCAGCCGUGGCGGACCAGCAUCCUGCACAUUGAGGCAGUGAAAUCCUACGCGCCACACGUGCAUCACAUCGUGCUGGACCUUGAGUGCCGUCCAACACUGCCUGCCUAGCUGGCUGUGGGGCCUUGGCGUGGCUCAAGGUCACGCGAAACAGGGGUGGCAGCGUUGGUGGCAAGGAGAUGUGACGGUUGUCUGCCGAGUGCCAGCUCAGGACAAGCAACACCGGGGACAGUUUCUUCCACAGCUCUGAGCUGGGGCAGGUUUCUGCUCUGAGAACCUCUGACAGAGGUCUCAUUCUGCCAGUCUCUGUUUUACAUCCCUCCUUCCAAGGUGGCAGCACUGCCCAGCAGCGAGCUGGGUCCCUGCCAUCCGUGCCCCGCGCAAGCUGCGUUAGGCAGGAGCUGCACAGGAGCUGUGUCACGGCCGAGGAUGGGGCUGAGCUGGGGCUGAGUGCGCCCCGAGUCCUACCCUAGCUCUGCCUGCUGCUGCUUAGUGCAGGAGCAUCACGCUGGCACCUGUAGCUUCUGCUCUGGACGCAUGCUGGCACUUUCAGCCCCAUUUUCACAAGGAAGAGAGCUGCAGGACCAAAUAAACCUCAGCAUUCAUGCUGGGCUUUGUUUCAGUGCGUCAGGUACAGACUCUAUUCUUGUCUUUACCAGCAUGCUUUUUUUUUUUUUUUUUUUACUGAAAACAAGUCUGUUCGUUUCAGUUUCAUCUUACCUUUUUUUUGUUGUUGUUGUUUCUCAGAAAUAAAAACGUUUCCCGCA